AGUGAGUUGGGACCAAAGUCCAACGUAACAAGACUGAAAGAUUUCAGGAAGUCACUUUAACACGCUGUGUUAAAAAGACAUGGAGAUGAGCUUUGUGUUGCUGUGCGUGAUGCUGGUAGCCAGCGUGAAACCUGUUUCAGCCGCAGCACAGCCAGGUAUCAUAGAGAGCCUCCUAAUGGCCACCCACCAGCGUCCCUGGCUCUGGGGUGUCUACGUCUUCACUGUUGGACUUCCUGCCAUUCUCUUCAUUAGCUUCAUGUGGCCUGACAAGAGAUUUGGGCCUCCUGAUCAACAGUAUUACUACAAGAAGUCUGAUGAUGCUCAACCAGAUGAUCCUCAGUACUCACAGCGGACAGAGGCCGUGGAUACCAAAGGCAAUGAAAGGCUGGCGGAGCUGGAACGAGGAGGAGAGACACUCCUGGUAACCAGAGGAAGUGUGACUUAG